CUGUAGAUGGCUCUCAUAACAGUUCUCCGGUGUCAGCGGAACCUGCUCCUUUUAUCCCGGAAUUUCCAAGGAAUAGCACAUCGAGGAUUAGCUAAGAUGGUGGAUGCUAAACUUAAUGCCGUGGAGACUGUGGAGAUUGAUGAGGGCAGAUUCAAGUACAUCCUCAUCAAGGUCUAUGGCAAGGAGAAGGCUGAUGGCACUGAACCUAGUAAAUUGAUCGUGAGAGGAUAUCAAAGAAGCCCUUACCAUUCGGACAUUUACGAUGAAGUAUCGGCGAAGUUGCAGCCCCUUGGGUUGGAUACGGAGUGUUUGGGUGGAGGAAAAAUUGAGCAUAGACCCGGCCACAUAAGAAUUUUCAGCUAUUCUCAGGGAUUUGGCAAGGCAGAUCAUCAGGAAGCGAAAAAACUGCUUCUUACCAAAUAUCCCAACUACCAGAUUGAGGUGUCCGAAAGUGAUGAAUACUGACGAGGUUUAUUUCUCUUUCACAAUGUUUGAUUUUCCUUUUAAUGAAAACCACGUGUGAGUUUAAUCUCAUUCAAUUGUCGAA